AUCAAAGUACAAGAACAUAGGGAAAUAUUAUGCGUGAGAAAUCAUUCCUAAAGUUAAUCCUUACGAAUUGCUUUAUUGAAUGAACGAUGGCGUUUGACCGUCACCUUUCUUUUCCGGUGGGGCGCUCAUAGUGUGAAAUCAACAUCUGCAUCGGUAGUAACGGCAGGAACACUUUUGACGGAUGUAUUAUGCAUUUAUAAGAACUUCGUCUUCAGAUAAACAAAGGUUUUCCAGGAGGCUAUUGUAUGCAAGAGGGUGGACCGAAUUGGGUUUAGGCUUAACGUUACAGUAAAAUGUCACGAGUUAAAUCAGACUCACCCACCGCCGUUACCGAUGUACAUACAGGCUCAAAGAUGCAGAGAGUAAUUUACGUUACUUACCUCAUAGCUGUCCUGGAUAUCACAUGCAUGUUUUUACAGUUUUCCAUCACUCCUUAUUUGGCGAAGAAGCUGGGAUUUGACACCUUAUGGAUUGGCUAUUUGCAAACCAUGGUUGGUGUCGUCCAAUUGUUGGGAGGCCCGAUAUUUGGCAGGUUUGCAGACCUUUUUGGUGCCAGGGCAGCAAUGUGUCUAUCCUGCACUGCCUCUGUAGUCUACUAUGGGUUACUAGCGAUAGCUGACAGUCCUCUCAUGCUCUUCAUCCACAAACUCCCCGCUGUCUUGAUGCAUGGCUUGCCUGGAGCCCAGAUGGUAGUGACUGACCUGACAGAACCUGACAAGCGGGCAGAUGCCCUUGGCAAGCUGGGCCUAUGUUUUGGCAUUGGCAUGGUUGCUGGCUCCACCUUGGGCGGUACACUAAGCACACGCUAUGGGGAGACAUUUGCUGCUUGUGUAGCUGCUGGAGGGAGCUUCAUCAGCUUCCUGUUGGUUUGGACGUUUAUCCCUAAACACACUAAGUUACAAGCGCCACAGGACAACACAGACAAGAAGAGCAAUGCCAAGUCAGUCUUUGACCUGGGUGAGAUCACCAGACUGAUGAAGUUCCCUGGUGUGGCCAAAACCUUCAUGGUCAAGAUCAUCUCAGGUCUGCCAUCAGGUAUCUUUCAGGUCAUGUUCUCUGUUAUCGCUAUGAACUUCUUCCAGCUGGCGCCAGAGCAGAAUGGCUACCUUAUGGCCUACUUUGGGAUCGUGUCAAUGGUAAUCCAAGGGGGAGUGAUUGGCUGGCUGACCUCAAAGUACUCUGAGAACUCACUGCUUCUCCUCUCCAUCGGCAUGUCAAGUCUGGUGGGCCUGGCUCAGGUCUUCAUGGCUAACGUGUUCCAGUUCUGCUUCAUCGUUCUGCCCAUGAUGUUCUCUCUCAGCGUGUUCAACGUCAUCACUGACAGCAUGCUGACAAAGACUGUGCCUUCCUCCGAUACCGGCACGAUGCUGGGCCUGUGUGCCUCUGUGCAGUCUCUGCUCCGCACCAUCGGCCCCACGAUUGGAGGCUUCUUGUAUCACAACUACGGAGUGGCCUCUUUUGGGUUCAUCCAGUUUGUCGUAAACAUGGUCGUGUUUGUGUUUAUGCUUAGAAACAUGGUCAACAGCAAAGAUGAGCACAGAGAAUGACAUUCCACCGACUUAAAUACAUAGGGCAUUUUAAAAGUGACCUAAAUAUAGUUUUAUAUUAUCAGAGAAUUUUAUUAUAUUUCUAUAAAUGGACAAAAAUAUAAAAUGCAACAAUUUCCUAGAUUUUACUGAGUUACAGUUCAUAUAAGGAUAAAAAAAUAUACAGUAUAUGUGAAUAUUGUACUUGUGAUUUGAUAUUCAAUAAACAGGAACGUUCAGAAGAACAGUUGUUUACUGGAGAUGCCACUUACAUAUAAAAUCCUUUGUUGAUUCUGCA